AUGGAAACUUCGAUUUCUCUUCAAGAAUUACAAAAGCACAACAAAGUCGACGAUGCUUGGAUAGUAAUCAGUGGAAAGGUAUUACUUCUGAAGGUUUUGUUGACGAUAAAUCUCUUUAAUUGUAAGAUGCUUAUCUUUGCUUACGGUAGGUCGAAACAAUCAAACUGCAUGCCGGUGAGCUUCAGUAAAAGACAAAUAAAUGUCUUAACGGUGCCAGAGUGGGGAUUUUUUGUCUGAUUAGCGAUCGAGGCCUACAAUAGUGCACACAGUAUGCUGUUCUUUAUGCAAGGGAACAAUCAAGAGCCUUUUUUGAAACGUCAGAUCGCAGCAUAGUCUUCCUCUCAAAGACAAGACGGGUCUUCCUCCCAGCCGUUUUUUAGUGACGUCACGCAACGCUACCCCCCACCUAACAAGCGUUGCGUGAUGACACUACUAAUCGUGGGAAAAUAGACCUUUUCAAGGUUAACACCGCCAUUUUGCCGGGGGUGCAAAACUACUGGGGCGAGCGCGCGGCCGAGCAUGAAAUGCAAAUGGCGACACGGCUGAAUAAUCUGUUAACAUGCCAAAACACGCUCGUUGUGCGGUAGGUUUUUGCGAUAAUGAUAAAAGAUAUCCUGACCUUGCUUUUGUCAGAUCACAUGUGGAGAAUUUAGUAUAUCACAAGUGGCCAACCGACCCUAAACUUGCCGAAAUAUGGCAAAAACAAGUGGCGAAGACUCGAAGUGAUUCCUUCAAUCCUUCCCCUGGUGCUAGUGGGACUUUCGUGUGUUCAAAUCAUUUCCCAUGUGGACGAAGAACUCCUGAAAACCCUAAAACGGAUUUUCCGUCUAUUUUUAUGACUGUUUCGGAUUACCUGCAGAAAAAAUCACCCAAGAAAAGGAAAGCGAACAAGUUACAAGAAGCUGGUUCUGCAAGAAGCCUGUUCCCUAGCUCCAAGGAGUCAAAGCAGGAUCCUGAGGAGAGUGAUAGUGAUGAUGAGGAAAUGGAAGCAGAUGCAGAUUACUCCGUUUCAGUUCCAAUGCAAUUCGAACAGUUGAAAAGAGAAAUGGAAGUAAAAGUCUACACAGGUCUGCCAUCACCGAAAGCAUUCGAGUUCUUGUUCGAUUAUUUGAGCCCAAAGGCUCGGUUUAUGCAAUAUUGGAGGGGUGGAAAACAAACAAGAAAAGAAUCGUGUCAACCUCCCUCUCCUUUUGAGUUAGCAACUGGCUAUCUCAAAGGAAGACCUGGGCCAGAGAGGAAGCUUCGACUUGAACAGGAGUUUUUACUGACUCUUAUGAAACUAAGACUAGCUCUUCUAACUUUUGAUUUGGGGUUCAGGUUCCAAGUGUCAGCUUCCACUGUCAGUAGUGUUUUUAUAACUUGGGUUAAGCUCAUGUCCAAGGAACUCUCCGUUUUAAUUGUGUGGCCUAGUCGACAACAGAUCAAGAAAACCCUCCCAUACUGUUUUAAAAAGCUUUAUCCCAAAGUAAGAUGUGUAAUUGACUGUUUUGAGUGCUUCACAGAAACUCCAAGUGGACUUGACCUGGCAGCAACACUAUGGAGUGAGUACAAGCACCACUACACUUUCAAAGUCCUUGUUGCCAUCACCCCAAAUGGAGCAAUUUCAUAUGUUUCACCAUGUUAUGGAGGCAGGGCAUCUGAUAUUUUUAUUGUAAGGAAUAGUGGGUUUUUAAAAAUGAUUGAGCCUUACGAUGAAGUCAUGGCAGACAGAGGUUUUAAAAUCCGAGAGGACUUGAUGAUGCACAUGGCAACAUUAUGCAUUCCACCUAGUUGUGCAUCAUCUAUGCAAAUGCUACCACGUGAUGUCAGAGAGACAUCAAACAUUGCGAAUGUCAGAAUUUAUGUUGAACAAGCUAUUGGACGGCUCAAAGUUUUUCUUAUUCUGAAAAAUGAACUGCCUAUUAUCCUGCUUCCCCCUGGCUGAUGAUAUUGUUCGUGUCUGCUGUGCAUUGUGCAAUUUGCUUCCACCACUCUGUGUUUGAUAUUUUUAUUUACAAAUAUGCCAAGGUGACCACAUAUUCAGUUUAGAGACUGGGGCAGGUUCAUUUGAGAACUGUUAACAUGUCAAUGAAAUGUGAAACUACUACUACACUGUACAUAGAUGACAUCGUUGUGUAUUUUAGGGCAUAAGAGCAAUACCUUGCAUUUUCUAUUUCAGAAUGAACAGUCCCCACAAAAGCUAUCUAAUGAACUUGGCUUUCUUUGAAUGGAGGUCCUUCCAUGAGUGAAUGAAAUGUUACUUUUUGUACAAAACAAUUUUGUUUAAAUUAUCAUGAAAUACCGGUAUAUUUCCAAAUCAAGUUGUAUUUACAUAAUGUUAAAUUGAUUAAGGAAUUGAAAUUUGCUAUUAGAAAUGUGCGUAAUUAACCGUAGCAACAGGAAUGUUCAUAAAACAUUUUCAUAACAUUUCAUAAAAAAUGCAUCAACAAAACAAUACUAAACAAUAAGUGGCUAUAAAAAAUAUAUAGAAAUGUGUAAAUAACUCUGACUUUUCUCCAUGUCUAACUUAGUAGAAAUGAAAAUGCAUCCAACAUUCUUAAAUUGUUUCUACAUGUAGAAAAAUAUUACAUGAUGUAAUUAAAACAUUUUGUAAGUUAUACAUGUACUUCUUGGACUGGUGUAUUAAAGUUCUUAACACCUUGUGAAUCUAUGAUUUUGUCGAUUUGAUGUUUGGGAUUAGUUACAGCUGUAUGUGACCAUGUGGUGAAACUUCUCCUUGUGAACAGUAAUUAAAAUUCAAUGUACAGUACAUGUAUUAAUCUGAAAUGCAGUAAUUACAAAUUAGGUCUGCAGAACUUGUUAUGUCCUCAUGGCUACUGCACCAAGCAUGGAAAGCUUUUUUACAGACUGUGCAAACAUGUUCUCCAUUCACAGGGAUACUCUUAAGACAACAAACUGGGCAGACAUGAUUUACAGUGUUUGAGUUAUCAGUUUGUUCUUCUUCCUCAGGUAAGUUCAAGUCAAGUUCAUCAUCCCCAGCAUCAUGCAUGUUUGCUGCAUCAGCCAGGCAGCUCUGGCAAAUCCAAGAGUCGAGUGCAUCUGCAGAAUUCACACUGAGUUCAGCACAUGGCAAAUGCCACCAAGUGCUGCAGCGGUCACAGCAUACACUGUUUUCGUUUGCAGAAUCACUUAUUUCAUCACUCUCCAAAAUAACCUUGUCACACUUGGGGCACUCAAAAAUGUCCCUGUAUCCUAACAGGCAAGGUAACACAAAAGAUUUGUAAAAGAGGGUGAUAUUGUUCACAACUUUCAGACAAAAUUCCAAGUCAAGUUCUACUCGUUCAUACAAUGGUUGGCCGCCCAGAGUCCAAACAAUAAAGAAGCCAUGAUUGGCACCACAAACCCACAUCUGAGCUUGCAUUUGGGUGUAAUAUUUGUGCGAGCGUUUCAAGCGGGGCUUUCCAUUAAAAUCUUCAAGAAAUUCCACACGGUCAAAUGUCUUUUUUUCAUGAAUAUUUUCAUUUCUCACACUGUAGGGACAUUUUGCUUCCAGUGUUGCCAGACCACAACAAUGGCAAAAAAACAGGCCGUCCGGGGAACCCGCAAGGAAGGGGUAAUCGGGUUUGAUGAACAAUCCACACUGUCUAAAGCCCUGUAGGCCACCAUCAUGUUGAGAGGCCACAUCUGACAUGAAUGAUUUUAUGGCAUCCUUUUCAUGGGCAUUCCCCCACUUUAUCUGUGGCAUAUGUGAGACAUCAUCACUUUUAUUCAACAGGCUUGACACCAUUGAACUGUAAAUGGGUUUUUUGUCAUUGUCACUUUUUCUGUUGAUGAUUGUUUGAGCCUUGGUGUGAAAUUUGUGAAAAUUUGACGCAGUCACUCUCCCAACUCUUUGUUGAUGCCAAGAGUCAUUGUUACUCUGGCCACGAGUUUCAGUUUCCACCCUUUUCACUUGGUCACUCGUCAUCUGACAUUCUUUUAAAAAGAGUGGAGCGGUAUGUUCCAAUGGUUUUCCUUUCAUUUCUUGGGAUGACAUGAAGCUAAGGGCUCUCUGAGGAAGAGGUUCGGGUAGGCCGUCAUCUUUAGUGUGCUCGAUAGAGUGAAGUAAACAAGCAGAUGGGACAUUCUCAAUUACUCCAUUGAUAAGAGCUGACACCCUUUCAUUGGUCAGCUGCCUAUCCUGGGGCUUUCGUGGGUCAAAGUUGUUCUUUAAAGUUAAAUUGGCUGCCUGUUCUUUGGGACUGUCCUCCCGAGUCUUUUUUGUCUUUACGAAAGACAAGGUUUUUUUUAUUUGAGUUGGAGCUACAUCCUUUCUAGUUCCUUUGUUCCAUCCUUGUGGAACGCUUGUACAUGCAGGAGAUAUGUAAGCUUUCUUGUGUACAAAAUUUACUUUAUAUAGCAAAGCUAUAACAUGAUUGCAAACUUCACCAGUACCUGCUGUACAUGUACACCAAGAGGUUAAGAUUUUGCAUUCACUUUUGUGCCCUCUAAACAAACCCAGACCUUAUGCGGGUCAUAACGAAUUUUUUUGUGACGGGGAUACAGAGCCUUUCAAGAACACAUGCUUGCUGUUAAUUGGGCAUUUAGCAAAAGAACACUGUGUCUACAAAGCCACUCAUCCAAUAAGAAUAGGCCUUCUGAGCCUUGUAUUUUCCAAUAUAGUCGACAUCUACGGCUUUAGUCCUCAAAAUAUAACUGAACAAUUUGCCAUCAUCGACCUCUGGCCAUUCCUUUACGUCGUCAAUCCAAGCGUCACUCGGUAACAUGUUUGGAUCACUCUUAAUUUCAUUUUUAGUCAGCCUCCUUGAAUAUUCGUCUUUUAUCUGCUGAUGAAUUUGCUCCUGGGAAAACUUCACAGGCACAUUGAGUUCGUAGGCUCCAAACGCUCUAGCGAUCAGCUCAGACUUUCUGCCCGUUUGCUUGAGUCCCCGUAGCGAAAGAAAAUCCUUUAACGAGGAAACAGUCCAACCGAGGAAGUCGUCGUAUUCAAGAAUUUCCUCUGCUUGUCGAGGCAUCACAAAUAAUUUUGUGGCCGCUCUACCGGAGUGGUAGCGGCAGAAAUAGAAAAGGAUUUCAAACUAACAGUUUCAGUACACGUGUUUUGAUCCUAGAUUAAGAUAUUUCGAUAUUUCUUCGCAGGUAAUUGCAACUCGAUGAGUCAGCCAUUUGCAUUAUAUUGUUUGGCCGCGCGCUCGCCCCAGUAGUUUUGCACCCCCUGCAAAAUGGCGGUGUUAACCUUGUAAAGGUCUAUUCAAAUUAACCCCUGAGGGAGACCAAUGUGGGCAACUCUUGCCUAAUUACAUAGAGAAGUUGCCUGCGUCGCAGACGCUCUAAACCUUCUGUAUAUACGGACUAUACAAAUGGUUUAGUCGAGUGCGUGGGCCGGCUGCAAUGCAGGCUAAUAGAGAAGCUGCUCACAAUGAUUUGAACAACUCUACACAACAAAUUUUUUUAGCUUAUCGUUACUACAAUAUUAAAAUGGUACUCAAAAAAGGCCCAAGGAUUCAAAAAGUAUGGUAUUAUUUUUCCCACAUUAUUACAGCAAUAGUAAUUAGCUUUUACAAUCUUCAGGAGUUUUUAGUCAUCUUCAGUAACUUUUGGAAGUUGCCAGAACUUCUUUUGCAUUAUUUAGGAGUCAUCUGAACAUUCUUAUGGAUACAAAAAAACUUACUCAGCAAAAGAUUGCAGAUAGAUAAUUUCCAAACACUGUGCAAUUAUAAGUAAAAUAUUGUUUGAGUGAGACCUGUAACUGCUGUAAUUAAAAAUAUAAAUAAUCCCAGCUUUCGCUGAUCAACCACAUCAUCAGUAGCCUGCGAAAACAUCCGUUUCUCCUCGCUCUUCGCCGCUGGGGACGUUUCGCGGGGAGGAAUGUCUGCGACUCAGCGACAGAAAUUCCAUACUGAUGACGUAAAAUCUGUCCGGAAUCCGGUCAGAAGCGCUGAUUGGUCGACGGAGUAGUUACAUUGUUUUAGCCAUUGUUUACGAAUGACAGACAAAAGACAAAAGGCCACAAAGGUCAAAUGUAAACGCGAAGAAUCUCUGACAAACAGUCUAUAUUUGUGGAAUAUAGUCUUCUCUAGAAGAAGCAUUUGAGUCUUGCUAAGCUCGUUGGCAGAUGAACACAACACUUCACCAAAAUCGACCAGAAGACAAGCAAAAUUGGACAAAUUUAUGUUUGGAACCUCAUGACUAACCGGAUUCAUUAUGUAAACAUUGAUUUGCGUCAUCAGUAUGGAAUUUCUGUCUCUGAGUCGCAGACGUUCCUCCCCGCGAAACGUCCCCAGCGGCGAAGAGCGAGGAGAAACGGAUGUUUUCGCAGGCUACAUCAUCAGGGAUGAGAAAAUAUUCUGCAUAGAGCUAUAUGUAUAAAAAGUUGGUGUAAAGUAAAAUGCAUGAAAAGCAUGAGAAUGAGGCAAAGUAUCAGAGGCAUAAACAGAAAAAUUUGAAAUAAUCUAAUGAGCAAGUGUCACAGUCUCUCAAAUGUAAGAAGAUAGUCUCUAAAACUAUUAAGGUUGCUUGACAUAUGUGUUAUUGACCAAGCAUGAGGUCAAGAUGGCUGGAUAUCAGCGAAGUUCUUUUUUGCAUUUUUGUCGAGGUCUAUAUAAAUGCAGAAAGGAAUGACGUCAACAUUUAGCCAUCUUGACCGAACAAGCUUGCCAAUCAGAAUGCAGGAUUCCCUUCAUCUUUCCUGCUCGUUGAUUCAGCCAUAUAACAAUGUGACAUAUUGCGUUAUCAGGUGUAUGAUGUGUCGGAUUAUGUGACCACUCAUCCUGGACAGGAAGCCAUUCUCAAAAAUGUUGGUGGAGACUCAACACAGGGGUUUACACAACAACCUGCACAUAGAGUUGUAAAAAACUAUAUUUCAUCUGUGCUGGAAAAGUUUUAUGUCGGUGACUUAACACCAACAGAUGUAAAAUAUGGUGGACCAACUUAG